AUGAUCAGCCUAGCACUUUUUCGGAUUUUCCUAACGGUUCUCUUUCGGAUCUCCAUAGUUCUGUGUGUUACAGUUGAGGGGGCGGUUCCAAUGAGUGACGAAUCACAGUCCGGAGCUGAGACUAAUGAUGACUUUGACCUAAUGGAUGGGAUUGCUGAUGGGAUGGCUCAGCUGGUAAAUGCACAUUCUCCGAUGGAAAUCGGAGAACCUAUUUCAGAGGAUGAUAUUAACUUUGACCGGUCGCUUCCGGGCCGACAUACAUAUCUUGGCGAAGAUUCAGUAGCAAUCGAUACAAGUAAUCAUCAAGAACCUGGAACUAUUGUUUCACUUCAUAUGUUGUACAAACCAGGCAUUGUCUUAAUUCCUGGUUAUACACUGCCCCUGUUGAUCACCGAUUAUACAGAGGAGGAACUCGUAAAUACUUACCGUGAUCCAGUAGCUAUCUUACCCGGUUGCUUUGCUCGACCUAUCUCGUCGGAUUUUGUUGGUCACAUCGCCACUAUUGCCUAUCUCGUGACCAUCAGAUUCAGUGGAUCGAGGUGCAGUCCCGUUCUUCUCGGUCGACAGCGUCUGCGUAUCAUGGAAAUUCAGCUCUUUUCCUCGGAUAAUAAUGUUUUCUGCAAGGGAUUGGUUCUUCCAGAGACUUCUGUGGAUGGAGCAUCUUUGGGUCCCAUAAGUAGACUAGCCAUACCUCCCUCCUGGUGUCGUUUUGCCCCCGAACCUGACUUUAUCCCCUCGCCAUCGCUAUCAAAUGACCAGUCCCAAAGCUCAGAGCCGCGUGUCAUUCCUUACCCCCUACCUGGCGAUGCUUUUGGCAUCUUCGAUGCCUCGCGCAGCACCUGGUGCCUUCCUGCCUCCAUCCCAGAUGCUGGUGGUGAUGAUAACGAUUCUCCCGGAUUUCAAAGCCUCUCCCGUCUACCCUGUCGGCGGGAUAUUCUGGCAGCAGCAGCCGAUUGUACGACACCCCAUCCCGCGUGGGUCUACCGACAAUACGAUCUGCCCUUCCUUAUCGCCGAGAUUCGCGCCGAACUCUCACGGUGGACUAACACCUGGCAAAUGGACAAGUGGAAUCCCUCACUUGCGGUGCCAUUUUCCUAUUGGCUGCUGCAAAACCUUCCCCUUACCUGUGUUCAAAAGGGAGAACUCUUGAAAAUUGAUCAUGUGGUUCAGCGCCUGCGGGCCUGUCUUCACUUCAUUCGAUCGUGCUCCGAGCUUUCCUGCUCCCAGUGCAAAGCCGCCAUAUCCUCCCAGAAAAAUGUGAUUUGUCUGUCGCAUGAGGGUUCAACGUUAGCCUAUGUUAAUCCGCAUGGUUUUAUCUUCGAUAUGCUCACUCUCAGUACGGUCCAUCCGAACUCCGUCGAUCUGUUCGGCUCCCCAACUGCUGAAUACUCCUGGUUUCCUGGAUAUGCAUGGACAAUUGCACAGUGCAGCGCCUGCAACAGCCACAUGGGUUGGCGCUUCACCGCCACCUCAGACGACCUUCGACCGCGCCUCUUCUGGGGUAUCAAGCGUCAGGCUCUCGUGCACACCGCUGAAGAAGACAUGGAAGUUAUGCUCUAA